AUGAAUGCCGAGCACCGGAAGACGAUGGAGGACACGAUUCGCGUCGUGGACGGAUUCUUGCAACAUCCCAAGAACGGCUAUUUCGCAAUUCAUGACGGGCAUGGAGGGCGAUCCGUGUCAACAUGCCUACAGCGUAAUUUGCACGAGAUCAUUGCCAAUGAGAUGCAACAGGCAGAUGAUGACGCUACACUGGAGCAGCAGAUUGAGCGGGGCUUCUUUAUCUCAGACAUGGAGUGCUGCCAGGCGUUUUCUGGGUCGGUUGGAGCGACGGCAGUGACUGCAAUAUUGCUGGAAAAACACGGUGCUAGAACACUCUACGUCGCUAAUGUUGGUGACAGCCGUGCCGUGAUUAGCUGCAAUGGAAAAGCAGUUAGACUUUCGAAGGACCACAAGGCCAGUGAUCCCAUCGAGAAUGAGCGUAUUAUCCAACUAGGUGGCUUCGUCAUUCAAGAUCGUGUGUGUGGCACACUUGCAGUUUCCCGGAGCUUUGGGGACAGGGAUCUGAAGCAAUUCGUCGUCGCGAAGCCUCACAUUAGUGCGACACGGCUGACGCCAGCGAAAGACUAUCCGUUCUUCGUACUGGGAUGCGACGGCAUCUGGGAUGUUCUAAGUGAUCAAGAGGUUGUGGACAUGGUGGGAUCCAUACCUAUCGCGGAGCAGUCUCGUGCAGCACAAGUUCUUGUCCAGCAGGCGUUGGCAAGAGGAAGCGGCGACAACGUCACAGCAAUCGUGGUGUUUCUUUGA